CCAUCUGCAGAACAAACGCACAGUUACUUUCCCCCCGGAAAACUAUGACGAAGGCAUUAUCUAUUGGCUUAGACAUAAAUGACUUGACCGAGGAAAUCAUUAAGCCCAUUGACCUCCAUUACUAUGAAGCAAUGGAGGCAACGGGAUCGUUUCUUGGACUAAGGCCCCUUCCAGGGUCAGGAAGAAAAGUGUCCGCUUUCGACAUUGGAACAGCGUCCCCUUCCUGGUCUUCCCUGAACCCCUCUUCCCGGUCUUCCCUGAACCCCUCUUCCCGUGCUCCCCUCGGGAUGACCCACCUGAACUCCAGUUCCACUCCCUCCGGAGCCAGCGUGCCGGCGGCCGGGCUCCCCCGGAACCAAGGGACUCCGAGUCCGGGCACAACUCCGGUUCGGAGGGAGGGCCAGGAACCGUCCGCACGCUCCUGUGCAAGCAGCGGCUCGGAGCCCGGGAACCCGGCGGGAAUGCGAAGGCUACAGAUGUCAGCGGCGUCCAGCCAGCAAGUGGAGGCGCCCUCCUCCGAGCGCGGUCCUCUGAAGAGUGAGCGCUCAGCCCCUCAGGCUCGUCCCUUCCCGCCGCGACGCUCUCGCCCUACGAGGCUCAUGUUACCAUUCUUUUCCGGCCCCGGAACGAACCCGCAGAACAGUCGCCGGCACCUAAAGGUCGGUAUUUGUCAAUCUCCUUUUCUCGUGGAGGGGAUGGAGGCGGAGACACCGAAGUCCGUGCGGGGCUUGGAAGCGGGCGAGGGCGCUGCGAGGACGAGCGGAAGGCGGAGAGGCGCCGCGCCUCCCACAGGCCGCCCGCGCCCUGCUCCCCGGUGCUGGUCUUGCGCGGAGAUGCCGCUGGCGUCGGCCACGAGCGGGAGCCCGCAGCCCGGAGCCCGGGAGGGGAGGGCGGGCCGCCCGGCGGGGGUGGGCACUGUCGCGCGGCCUCCAGACGCGGCACACACAGACCCGGGCGCCAGGCGGCGGCGGAGGGCAAGCGUGACGCUGAGUGGGAAGAGGAGGCUCCCCGCCUGUGCGGGUCCUCUCUCUCCGCGCCUGGGCUUCUCCGGGCAAUCUGGGACGGACAGCUGUGCGGGCGCUCCGUCAAGUCACCCAAAGGGCGCCAGGCCAGAGAUUCCAGAGGAAAAGUCGCCAGCGGCGCGCGGGUGUCCCGGGGAUUCCUCCAUGCUGCCGGCAGGAGCGCGGCACGCCGGGGCGCGGCGUCUGCGGGAGGCGGAGGCGACCCGGGGCUGGGCAGGUCCCGCGAAGAGGGUAUUCCCCGGGCAGCGCGUCCUGCCGUUCGGGCCUGGUAGGGGGUGGGGAGGGAGGAGGAAGAGGAUCCGAAGCGAGGCCGAGCUGAGGCUCCGAGUUCUCAGGCAGCGGCUUCUGGAGAACACCCUGGAGACUCACGGCAGCGCCAUCCACGGGGCCCCGGUUGGGAUAUGAUAGUGCCACCCCGCUCCUCCCCCGCCUCUCACGACCGCACUCCGCGCGCCUGUCGCUACGAGGGAUACCUGUCCUCGCACCCUCCUCCGCGAUGGCCAGAAAACGUGGGGAUCAAGAUAGGACUCUGGCAGAUGGUACUCCUCCCUCCGCCUAACGUAUCCAUGCAUCAACGCCCCUGACAGCGCAAGCUGGAACCUGUGGCAGCCUCACCAAGGGACAGCGGGCCCAGCACCGAGUACCAGCACGCUGGGAUCUAGAGCUCACAACUCGAAAGGAAAGGGGACUUAGAAGAGGCAACAGACAUGCUUGCAAUGCAGGCUUCAGCCUGUCUAGAGCCAACAAGACACACCAUGGUCACCUCUUUGUUACAACCUAGACAGGAUGCCCACAUGCUUGGGAUAGAUAAGGCUGUGGACUUCAGACGCUGUUUUCUCUUUUCCUUCUUCUUUCUCAUCCUCAUCUCUGUCCCUCCCUCCUUUUCUUCUCGCCCUGUCUCUUCUUCCCCUUUCUACUCUCUCUCUCUGGUGUCUCACUUGAGAAAGACCUAGAUUUGAGCAGGAAGUUAUGCCUUAAAAACUGUUCGCAUUAUAAAUUCAAAAUGCAUUUGAACAGUAUAGGUUGACUGUAUGGCUGCAUGAAUAAAGCACUAUGCUGUAAUACUUGUUUUGGUGAAUCACUUGAAUUUUAAAACAGUAUAAAAACAUAUUUAAUAAAUGUUGAAUGUGUCCUUUAUAUAAAGACCAAUUACCUCUAAAUUUUAUAUAAGUGCAACUUGAUCUAGAGUGCAAGGGACUUAAUUCCUUACCCUCACCCCCCACACAUACACUGCCUUUUGUAGUUAGCGUUAUUUUCUAACCUUCUUUUUCUCUCUAAAGAAGUGCAGCUCUAAGACACAAAAUAGGAAUUCUGGGAAGCAACGUAGCAAGGGGAGGUUUCCUGGGAAUAUUAUCAGGUGCUCAAGGAAAUACACUUGGAGAAUCAUUUAAUUAUAUUGGAUGUAUUUUUAAGUACUGAUACAGCUAUUAAUUUUCAAAGUAAAAUAACUCAAAAGUGCACUGGGAAUUAAAAUCUCUCAUUUUAAAUAAUGCCUGUUUUUUAAUACCUAAAAAAAUCGUCUUGGGUCAGGACUGGACAUAUUAUCAUUCUAUUUGUUGACUCCAGGGUGUUGAGUUGAAACAUGCUUCAUUAUUGUUACACUAGUAGACGGUCUUGCAUGCAGCACCCAUUCAGAGAACAUCAUCAUGAAUUACAGUGCGCUGUUACAUCAUCAUGAAUUACAGUGACAUAAUCACUGUUACUUCCCCAAUCAAGCACAUGCAGAAUACAUGGUAGAAGAAAAGGCGGAAGUUACUAUGCUCACCUCUGUUUUACAGCACAGUUCUAGAUCCUCACUUUAGAUUUCUCUUUUACUCUGUAAAAUUUAUUUGUUUUUGAUUCAAGGCAUAAUUUCUCUUUCCCUUCAGUCAGGUAUUCUUUCACAAUUCCUCAUGUAAAUUACCAACAGAUGGCAAUGUAUCUAACUAAAAUUGGUAUGCUAGGUUGAGUUUACAAACAAAAAAACUCCACAUGACAGUUAAUAUUUUUGCUCCAACAAUUCAGAUUAAAUGCCAAUAUAAAUAUAUGUGUAUAAUAUAUAUAUGUGUGUAUAUAUAUAUACAGGUGGGCAUGGUCUUUUAAAUUUUGCCUUAUAUAGAAAGACACCCAUUUUAUGUCCUAUUUGCACUCCGUUCUGUUAGGAUUCAACUGGCAACCUCAGGUUAUCAGAUGCCGCUAAUAAUGUACUAAUAGCUAUAGGGACACAUGGAAAGAAAACAGAGCAUUAUCAGUGACUUUGAGUAACUUACACUCUAGUUGAAAAUACAACACAAAGGCAAUUGAAAUAAAGUACCAAAGCUGCUUUGGUACUAAUCUUAAAUUGAGCCAAAUUUAAGCCCUAUAUUUAAGGAGGCAGAAGGACAUUCCUUCAGUUAUCUCUCUAUUCCAAAAUGUAGUGACUUUAAAAAGCAAUUAUUUUGCUAUUUCUCUUGUGGGUCUGUGCAUUGAAGAGGCUCAGCUGGGUGGUUACGCUUGCUGACACAGGCUGAGGCCUAGGAGGUUGAAUGGGCUGAGCCAAAAUGGCUACUUUACAUGGCUGACAGUAGGCAGUGACUGUCAGCUGGGAGGUCAUGGGGCUGUCAACUGGAGCUCCUCAGCUUUCCUCCAUAUGGCCACUGCAUGUGGCCUGAGCUUCUCAUCACAUGGUAGUUAGGAUCCAAGAGAAAGUAACCCAAGAACCUGUGUUCCAAGCGGGAGAAAACAAAAACUGUCAAAUCCUCUUAAAAGCUAAGCCCAGAACUGGUACAGGCUCACUUAGGGAGCAGUCACUAGACAAGCCCAGAUUCAAGGAUGAUGUGGAGGUAGGGGAUAAAAUUAAUAUCUCACAGAAAAGUAUGAAAGAGAAUAUGUGGCCGUUCUUAAUCUGCUUUAGAUAUUCAAAGUCACAGAGGUAGGGAUUCAUAAAGAAGGCCUAACCAGGUUAGAAACCAGAUGAUGGGAAGAAGUAGGGAAAGGUUCUCAUAGUUUGGGUUCUGUAGAAUUGUUUAAUUGGUACAAAGACAGGAAAUGACUUGAAUUUAGGGUGCAAAUACUCUUAUUACCUUGAUAUUUAAAAAAACACAUGAUGACAGGAAUGGAACUUAAUUUGAAAGAUGUGCAGUCAUGAUUUUGCUGUGUUAGCAGAUAUUUUCAAAUGAACUAGUUAAAAGCUUUAUAUCUGCAAAGAUAAUGCCUGGAGAAAGACUGUCAUUUCACAAACCAAAGGAAGGUCAUCAGCAACAAACUUUGGAGUAUAUGUUUUUACCCCAACACUUUAGAGUUGCAAAUUGAUAAGCUUUUGUUAUUAAAUAUAAUAACAAAAGUAUAAGAGAAAAUGUAAAUUGCAUUAUUUUUAAGGUUAUAGUAACUACAUUCUUAAGAAAUUAUAUUGAAAUUUAUCAGUUAUCUUUAAUCUUGAAUUGGUAGGGUUUAUUUUCAUUUAGAUUUGAGUGUUUUCCAAGUUUUUUAUCAGAAGGCACAAGCAUUAAAACAUAAAGACAAUGUGUCUAGAAAUUAAGAUGCAUUCAUACUUCUUUUGUGUAAUAGAGAUCUCUGGAAUAUAAAAAAAUCUUGAAAGUUUUCACUCUGGAUAAACUACUAGGCUACUUUCUUAUUACUCUGUGUUUGACUAAGUUACCU